AUGAGGGCAGCAUCUCAGCUUUCUAGGCAAAUGCUCCCGCAGUUUAAAAUCCCCCCCACAAGAUUUACAGCGAAGACAGUCCGAUUGCGAAGUGAUAUAGUCCGCAUCCAUUUGGUCAAUGUGGGAGAUAGGAUAUACGUCUCCAGUUUGUCCCCCCCAAUAGAUCAUGUUCCUCAGGAGCACAGCACAGAUUAUCAACUUGAUGGGAGCAGUUAUCUUGCAGUUAAGAGUGAUGGUUUAGGCGUGAUUGAUCUUGCAUUUCGACAACACAAGUUUCUGCCAGAUUGGGUAUUAAAUAAUGACUGUGCGCCCUUUUCUUAUGAAAUCGCGAUAGUUAGAUAUGCAGAUCUCCGAGAAUUAACAAUCAUCUGCGAUUUUUUGAAAUGCCGUGCUAUAAUCCCAACCAACCGUACAGGGCCUGAGCCGUUCUUUUAUCAUAAGCCUUUUCCUCCAUGGGAUAGCUGGGUAGAUUCCGGUUUUUUGGUUAAGUCCCUACUCAGUGACCAGGACCCCUUUAUGCUCUUCACUCAUGCAAAAUACAUUCCGCUUACGGACGCAACUAGAAUCGGGUUUAUUGUUGAUCCAUCGCGAAGAGGAAUACAAGCGAUUCACGUAAACUCCGAUGGCGACUUUGGACAAUACUCGCUUACCUUUUCUCAGCCACCAACAAUGUUAAAGUUUCUAGUGUGUCGGACAACAAGGCUGGGUUUUCAGUACCCAUUUCUUCAAUUUGAGAUCAACGGGAAGUGGGAGCCUUCUCAUCCACCGUAUUGCGAUGUCGUCAAGGCUGUCAUAGUGUCUAAUGUUUUGGGAGUCUGGCUAGCUAAAACAUUCCCAUUUGUCCCUUGCCAUUUUGGCGUUGUUGUGUCCCAAAAGGCGAAUCUUACAAACAGCAAGAUUGAAAACUAG